AUGGCGAUUACCAAAGGAAAGGAGCCGUCUUCUUUCAAAGAGGCGGUUAAGCAUGAGGCCUGGCGUCAGGCGAUGCAAGCUGAACUUGAUGCUCUUGAGCGUAAUGGUACUUGGACCAUUGUCGACCUUCCUCCUGGUAAGAAGGCGAUUGGUAGUGGCUGGGUUUAUAAAAUCAAAUAUACCGACCAGUCCACGGUGGAGCGUUUCAAGGCACGGUUGGUUGUCCGUGGCAAUCGUCAAGUUGAAGGUGUUGAUUAUAACGAGACAUUUGCUCCCGUUGCUAAGAUGGGUACGGUACGCCUUUUUCUUGCUGUUGCUUUUCUUUGA